UUUGACCGCUAUGCUGCUGUGUGUCGUCCACUCCACUACACAACCAUUAUGCACCCCCUUCUCUGCCUGACUCUGGCUAUUGCUGCCUGGAUGGGAGGUCUCAUGAACUCUCUGAUUCAGACAAGCCUCAUGAUGGCCAUGCCUCUCUGUGGCCUCCAUUACCUGAACCACUUCUUCUGUGAGAUGCCUGUAUUUUUGAAGCUGGCUUGUGAGGACACAGAAGGCACAGAGGCCAAGAUGUUUGUGGCCCGUGCCAUAAUCUUGGUUUUUCCUGCAGCACUGAUUGUUGGCUCCUAUGCACACAUUGCUCAGGCAGUGCUGAGGAUCAAGUCAAUGGCUGGGCGCAGAAAGGCUUUUGGGACAUGUGGGUCUCACCUCCUGGUGGUUUCUCUUUUUUAUGGGUCAACUAUUUAUACAUACCUCCAACCCACAGGCAGUUACUCUGAGAGUGAAGGAAAGUUUGUUGCCCUUUUUUAUACUAUAAUUACCCCCAUGCUCAAUCCUUUGAUUUAUACCCUAAGAAACAAGGAUGUGAAGGGGGCUCUGAAAAAGAUAGCAGGAAGAGGCAGAAACUCAGGGUAGAAGAGGAAAGGGACAUCAAUACAAUUUUGUAUGGUAGCUCUUCAAUUAUAAAACCCAAUCUGUUCUUGCAAGGCAGUUGGUUAGUAGAAAGGCCUUAGGGUUUUGGUUUCUUCUGCGUUUGGAAGUGGGAAGAGAAAACAUAUUGAGAUGCUUGCUAGUUCUGGGUCUAUGAUCAAUGUGCAAAAGGGACUAAGCAUUUGUAUUAUAAUGCUUGGGAAGUGGAUGCCUUGUAUCCACUUGUAGGUAGUGGAGAUAGGUUCUUAACAAGUCUGAGAGUCAAAGUAAAAUUAAUUCAGAACUCCAAUACCUUCCCAGCAUCAUGCCAUAUAGAUCACACUGUAACCAAAGGCAAAGGACUUGGAUUGAGGCCUACUCUUCUAAUUAAUUGUUACCCUGGACAUGUCCCUUUACAUCUAGGGGCCUGUUUUUAAGGUCUCUUGAAGUGGCUAGCCUUCUAUAAUACUUGGAGCAAGUAAGAAGAUAAUGAUCAGAGGUAGUUCAUGAAGCAUACAAAAUGUCACUUACUACUCAAAGAAAAAGGCAAGAUCACUGGGAGGCAUUAUGUAAAAGGAGAAAUCAGUGUCUCAUUGGAUGCACCUCCAGUCUCAGAAAUGCUCCUCGGUGUCAUAGACAAGACAUUUUCGUGAAAGAGAAGAGAGUAGAAAAGAAAUGGGCAUAAGAAAAAUGAGCCAAGAGGAAGUUAAAUAGAAAAGAAUAAAGAAUA